GCCGCGCGGUGUCGGGGUGGCUGCGGCAUGGCCGGGCGGCGGGUGAAUGUGAACGUGGGCGUGCUGGGCCACAUCGACAGCGGCAAGACGGCGCUGGCGCGGGCGCUCAGCACCACGGCCUCCACCGCCGCCUUCGACAAACAGCCGCAGAGCCGCGAGCGCGGCAUCACCCUCGACCUGGGCUUCUCCUGCUUCUCCGUGCCGCUGCCCGCGCGCCUGCGCUCGGCGCUGCCCGCGCCCCCGGCGGCCGAGGCUGAUGCCGAGCCGGGCGAGCCGCGCCUGCAGGUCACGCUGGUCGACUGCCCCGGGCACGCUUCCCUCAUCCGGACCAUCAUUGGCGGGGCCCAGAUCAUUGAUCUGAUGAUGCUGGUCAUCGAUGUGACCAAGGGGAUGCAGACCCAGUCAGCAGAGUGCCUUGUGAUUGGGCAGAUCGCCUGCCAGAAGCUGGUCGUGGUGCUGAACAAAACAGACCUCUUAGCCGAAGGGAAAAGGCAGGCAGCGAUUGAUAAAAUGACCAAGAAAAUGCAGAAGACCCUGGAGAAUACCAAGUUCCGAGGUGCACCGAUUAUACCUGUGGCGGCCAAGCCUGGGGGACCGGAGGCCCCUGAAACAGAAGCUCCACAGGGCAUCUCAGAGCUCAUUGAGCUCCUGACGUCCCAGAUUUCCAUCCCAACGAGAGACCCCUCAGGACCGUUCCUCAUGUCUGUGGACCACUGUUUCUCCAUCAAAGGCCAAGGCACAGUGAUGACAGGGACCAUCCUCUCAGGCUCCAUCAGCCUCGGCGACAGUGUGGAGAUUCCUGCCCUCAAGGUGGUGAAGAAGGUCAAGUCCAUGCAGAUGUUCCACAUGCCUGUCACUUCAGCCAUGCAGGGAGACCGGCUGGGCAUCUGUGUCACUCAGUUUGACCCCAAGCUGCUGGAGCGUGGCCUGGUGUGUGCCCCUGAGUCCCUGCACACUGUCCACGCUGCUCUCAUCUCCGUGGAGAAGAUCCCGUAUUUCCGGGGGUCCCUGCAGACCAAGGCCAAGUUCCACAUCACGGUGGGCCACGAGACAGUCAUGGGCCGGUUGAUGUUCUUCAGCCCCACGCCCGACAGCUUUGACCAUGAGCCUGUGCUGGACUCCUUUGACUUCUCUCGAGAGUACCUCUUCCAGGAGCAGUACCUAUGCAAGGAUUUGGCGCCGGCAGUGACAGACAGUGGUGAGGCCGACAAGAAGGCGGGCCAGGCCAUAGAAGGCCGCUGCCCCCGGCAGCAGUGGGCCCUGGUGGAGUUUGAAAAGCCUGUCACUUGCCCUCGGCUGUGCCUGGUGAUCGGCUCCAGGCUAGAUGCGGACAUUCACGCGAACACGUGCCGGCUGGCCUUCCACGGUGUGCUGCUCCAUGGGCUGGAGGACAGGAACUAUGCCGAGAGCUCCCUCCCACAGCUGAGAGUAUACAAGCUGAAGCAGAAGCAUGGCCUCGUGGAGCGGGUGAUGGACGACUACAGUGUGAUCGGCCGCUCCCUGUUCAAAAAGGAGACCAACAUCCAGCUCUUCGUGGGGUUCAAGGUGCACCUGUCCACUGGGGAGCUAGGGGUCAUUGACAGCGCCUUCGGCCAGAGCGGCAAGUUCAAGAUACACAUCCCUGGUGGCCUUAGCCCUGAGUCCAAGAAGAUCCUGAUGCCUACCCUCAAGAAGCGGGGCCGGGCUGGCCGAGGGGAGGCGGCCAAGCAGGAGGAGGGUGCAGAGCGGCCUGAGCCUGCACAGCACGUGGCUCUCAGCCUGUCUUUCAAGCGCUACGUCUUCGACACCCACAAGCGCAUGGUCCAGUCUCCCUAGUGCCCCGCUCACCUCCCCCAGGGCCACCUUGCCCAGGCCCAGGCCGGGCCACAGUGCCAAAUGCCCAACCAGAUGUGCCUCGACCUCGGCCAGUCUUUCCCCUCUGCCCUACAGGCAGCAGCCCCAGGCCUGGUGCUCAGCCCUAGGGAGAAGCCCCGGAGGGUCCGUCCCUCCAUCCCUGCACCCUCCCACCAGGAGACAGCACCCAACUAGGAAUGGGCCUCAUCUAGAGAGCUGGUGGCCAGUGUCUCCCAGGCUGCCCAGCUGGUGGCCAUCUGAAGGCCAAUCCCCAACCUGCCCCUGGCAGCUAGGCACUUGCCAGCUGCAAAUAAAUGUCCUGUGGU